CUUUCACACCAGCGUGUGAACGCAUCAGCAGCCAGUCAGUCCCAGUGAGGCUCAGGAAAACUUCAAACCACCUUCAGCCUGCUCCGAGGAAACACCGCGGGAACACAGAACACGCUCACCGGCUCACUUUCUGUCACAUUGAACCACAAUCCGGACAAAAGCCGUUUAAGAAAGUUGACUAAAAGAGCCGAAUAAAGAUGCCGGCCACAGAGAAGGACCUGGCUGAGGACGCUCCGUGGAAGAAGAUCCAGCAGAACACCUUCACCCGCUGGAUCAACGAGCACCUGAAAUGCGUCAACAAGCGGAUCGUGGACCUGCAGCUGGACCUGGGCGACGGCCUGAGGCUCAUCGCCCUGCUGGAGGUCCUCAGCCACAAGAAGAUGUACAGAAAGUACCACCCGAGGCCCAACUUCAGGCAGAUGAAACUGGAGAACGUGUCCGUGGCGCUGGAGUUCUUGGACAAGGAGAACAUUAAGCUCGUCUCCAUAGACUCGAAAGCCAUCGUGGAUGGGAACCUGAAGCUCAUCCUGGGUCUGGUUUGGACUCUGAUCCUGCACUACUCCAUCUCUAUGCCAGUCUGGGAGGGAGAGGAUGAAGAGGCGGAGUCAAAGACACCUAAGCAGCGUCUGCUGGGCUGGAUCCAACACAAAGUCCCUGAUCUGCCAAUCACCAACUUCAGCCAGGACUGGAGGGACGGGAAGGCGCUGGGAGCACUGGUGGACAGCUGUGCACCGGGCUUGUGUCCAGACUGGGAGACCUGGGAUCCGGUGAAACCAGUGGAAAAUGCCACUGAAGCCAUGCAGCUGGCUGACGACUGGCUGGGCAUCCCGCAGGUCAUUGCUCCAGAGGAGAUCAUUGAUCCCAGUGCGGACGAACAGUCAGUGAUGACCUACCUGUCUCAGUUCCCCAAAGCCAAACUGAAGCCAGGAGCUCCACUCAAACCCAAACUCAACCCCAAGAAGGCCCGCGCAUAUGGACCAGGUAUUGAACCAACGGGGAACAGGGUGAUGCGUCCUGCCGUGUUCACGGUGGACACGUUCAGCGCCGGUCAGGGUCAGGUCACCGUCUACCUGGACCACCCCGACGGCACCAGAGAGGAGCUGAAGGCGGAGCCAAAUGAGGGCAAGAAGACGUUCAGCGUCACCUACGUCCCUCAAGUCAUUGGACCUCACAAGGUGACAGUGUUGUUUGCGGGCCAGCAGAUUCCCAAAAGUCCAUUUGAGGUGAACGUGGACAAAGCGUUGGGCGACGCCACCAAGGUCACGGUCAAAGGCCCAGGAAUCGAACCCGUGGGCAACAUCGCCAACAAACCCACCUACUUUGACAUCUACACUGCAGGAGCUGGUACAGGAGAUGUGACAGCCAUGAUCAGAGACCCUCAGGGCCGCCAGAACAGCGUGGAGGUGAUGAUGGAAGAUAAAGGCGACAGCGUGUAUCGCUGCACUUACCGUCCCACCCAGGCGGGCCCUCACACUGUUACCGUCACCUUCGGAGGGGUGGGGAUCCCCAAGAGCCCCUUCGGCGUGGACGUGGGGCCUGCCUGCGUGCCGGGGGCGUGCAGGGCGACGGGUCGUGGUCUCCAGCCGUCGGGCAUGAGGGUGAAACAGGUCGGUGACUUCAAGGUGGACACCAGAAACGCUGGCAGCGGAGACCUGAAGGUGCUCCUCAAAGGACCCAAGGGCACCGAGGAGCCAGUGAAGCAGAUCUCCACUCAGGAUGGUGUGUACUCCUAUGAGUAUUAUCCCAGCAGUCAAGGCAAAUACACCGUCUCCAUCACCUGGGGGGGCACACACAUCCCAAAGAGCCCAUUCGAAGUGGAGGUAGGUCGGGAGGCGGGGCCUCAGCAGAUCAGGGCCUGGGGUCCCGGACUGGAGGGAGGCAUUGUGGGUAAACCUGCCAUCUUUGUAGUGGAGUCUGUCGGCACUGAUGUUGGAGUGCUGGGUUUUGCCAUUGAGGGACCCUCUCAAGCCAAAAUUGAGUGCGAGGACCAGAACGACGGGUCUUGUGAUGUCCGCUACUGGCCAACGGAGCCCGGAGAGUACGCUGUCCACGUGACCUGUGAUGAGGAGGACAUCGAACACAGCCCGUUCAUGGCCCACAUUGUCCCUGACAACAACGCCAGUGACGCGGAUAAGGUCCAGGCUUAUGGGCCGGGGCUUGAGAAGACCGGCUGCCUGGUCAGCCAACCUGCUGAGUUCACUGUCAGCGCUAAGGAUGCUGGAAAAGGACCUCUGAAGAUCACGGCUCAAGAUGCAGAGGGACUUCCUGUGGAGGUGAAGGUCAGGAGUAAAGGUGACGGACUGUACUCCUGCUCCUACACGCCCACCUCCCCUCUCAAACACACUGUGGCCGUCGCCUGGGGAGGAGUCAGCAUCCCCAACAGCCCCUUCAGGGUGGCUAUAGGUAAAGGCAGCCACCCCAAUAUGGUGAAGGUGUUUGGUCCUGGAGUGGAGAAAACUGGACUGAAGGCCAACGAGCCCACACACUUCACUGUGGACUGUUCAGGAGCUGGCGACGGUGAUGUCAGUGUGGGCAUUAAGUGCGAUGCCAAUAUGGUGAGUGACAAAGAGGCCGACGUGGACUUUGACAUCAUCCCCAACGCCAACGACACCUUCACUGUCAAAUACAUCCCUCCUGCUGCUGGAAGACUGACCGUCAAAGUCCUGUUUACUGACAAGGAAGUUCCACAAAGUCCCUUUCAGGUCAAAGUUGAUCCUUCCCACGAUGCAUCGAAGGUUAAAGCAGAGGGUCCUGGACUGGCACGAACUGGUAUUGAAAGUGGAAAGCCCACUCAUUUCACAGUGUUGACUAAGGGAGCCGGUAAAGCACCGCUGGAUGUCUCCUUCUCCUCCCCUGUCAAAGACUUUGACAUCAUUGAUAACUACGACUACUCCCAGACGGUCAAAUACACACCUGCACAACAGGGGGAGAUGACGAUUGUGGUGAAGUUUGGAGGGGAUCCCAUUGCCAAGAGCCCCUUCACAGUCGGGGUCGCUGCCCCGCUGGAUCUGAGCAAGGUCACCCUGGACAACCUGGACGGAAGAGUGGAGGUCGACCAGGAGCAGCAGUUUAUGGUGGACACUAAAGGCGCAGGAGGUCAAGGUCACCUGGAGGUGGAAGUGCUGAGUCCCAGCCAGCGGGCAGUACCCUGUAAAGUGGAGCCUCAGCCCGGUAAAGCAGGCAUCAGUCUGGUCCGUUACACCCCCACAGAGGAGGGGGUCCACGCUGUCAACGUGUCCUACGAUGGACACCCUGUUCCCGGGAGCCCCUUCCCCGUGGAGGCCCAACUGCCUCCAGACCCGAGCAAGGUGAAGGCAUUCGGUCCUGGUCUGAAAGGAGGUUUGGUGGGAAACCCAGCCGAGUUCACCAUCGACACCAAAGGUGCCGGCACCGGCGGUCUGGGGCUGACGGUGGAGGGGCCGACCGAGGCCAAGAUCGAGUGCUCGGACAAUGGGGACGGAACCUGCUCUGUCUCCUACCUGCCCACCGAGCCCGGAGAAUAUCUGGUUAACAUCCUGUUUGAGGCGGUCCACAUCCCAGGCUCGCCAUUCAAAGCUGACAUCCAGAUGCCCUUUGACCCCUCAAAGGUGGUGGCGUCAGGGUCAGGCCUGAAAAGAGCCAAGGUUGGAGAGACCAGUGUGGUGAAUGUGGACUGUUCUCUGGCUGGACCGGGACAACUCAGCCUGGAGGCCGCGCUGGACGACGACUCCUCCCCGACGAGUCCUACUGGUUGUGCAGCAGGUGUUAAAGCUAAGACAGAGGUGGUGGACAACAAAGACGGGACCUACACUGUGACCUACGUCCCCCUGACCUCCGGCAUGUACACCCUGCUGCUGAAGUACGGAGGCAAGGCCGUCCCCGGUUUCCCUGCCAAGGUGAUGGUGGAUCCUGCUGUAGACACCUCAAAGGUCAAAGUGUUUGGACCCGGAGUGGAGGGACAAGCUGUUUUCAGAGAAGCCACCACAGCGUUCACAGUGGACGCCCGUCCUCUGACCCGCCGAGGAGGAGACCACGUGAAGGCGGAGGUCAGGAACCCAUCCGGAGCGCUGACAGACUGUAUGGUCACCGACAACGCCGAUGGGACCUACGGCGUCGAGUACACCCCUUUCGAGAAUGGUGUUCACAACGUCCAGGUUCUGUAUGAUGACACACCGGUUCCUAAGAGCCCGUUUAGGGUUUCUGUAUCCGAAGGAUGUGACCCCAGCAGGGUGGUGGCUACUGGCCCCGGGCUCCAACAGGCCCUGACUGACAAGCCCAACAACUUCAACAUCAUCACCAGGGGGGCAGGUAUUGGUGGUCUCGGCAUCACUGUGGAGGGUCCGUCAGAGUCAAAGAUGUCUUGCAAAGACAACAAAGAUGGCAGCUGCAGCGUGGAGUACGUUCCCUUCUCCGCCGGCCUGUACGACGUCAACAUCACUUACGGAGGAGAACACAUCCCAGGAAGUCCAUUUAAGGUCCCAGUGAAGGACGUGGUGGACUCCAGUAAGGUCAAGGUGUCUGGUCCUGGUGUGGGGUCUGGAGUGAGGGCCAAUAUCCCACAGUCCUUCACUGUGGACUGUAGAAAGGCGGGCGUGGCCCCUCUGGCUGUGGCCGUCUCCGGUCCGAAAGGCGUCGCAGAGCCCGUGGAAGUGGCUGACAACGGGGACGGGACUCACUUGGUGUCCUACACUCCAUCUGUGGAGGGACCGUACUCUGUGGCAGUCAAGUACGCAGAGGAGGACGUCCCCCGCAGUCCCUUCAAGUUUCGGGUUCUGCCGACUCACGACGCCAGUAAAGUGCGAGCUAGCGGUCCCGGGCUGACCAGUGGCGUCCCCGCCAGCUUCCCUGUCGAGUUCAACAUCGAUGCCAAAGACGCCGGCCAGGGCCAACUGAGCGUGCUCAUCACUGACCAGGAUGGUAAACCCAAGCAGCCCAGUAUCCAUGACAAUGGCGACGGUACAUACCAGGUGUCUUAUAUCCCAGACCGCACAGGCCGCUACACCAUCGUCAUAAAGUAUGGCGGCGACGACAUUCCUGCCUCGCCUUAUAGAGUCCGUGCCACGGCAACCGGAGACGCCAGCAAGUGCACUGUCACGGGUCCGGGAGUGGGCCCCACAGUGGCCAUCGGCGAGGAGCUUGGCCUGGUGGUCAACGCUAAAGGUGCCGGGAAGGGGAAGGUGAGCUGCGUGGUGGUUCAGCCCGACGGCAGCGAGGUGGAGGCCGAGGUGCUGGAGAACGAGGACGGCACCUUCGACAUUUUCUACACCGCGCCGGCACCCGGGAACUACGUCAUCUACGUCCGCUUUGGAGGGGAAAACAUCCCACGCAGUCCCUUCAAAGUCAUGGCUACUGAUGAGGUACCCAUGAUGCAAGAGCAGAGGUCUCUACAGCAACAAGCAGCUCCGCCCGGAGCUGGCUUCCAGCCCUGGGUGACGUCAGACAGCUACGAGCCAAUAAGCAGCAGCGUUAACGGAAGCGGCUUCAGACCGUUCGACAUGGUGAUCCCCUUCUCCUUCAGGAAGGGAGAAAUCACCGGUGAGGUGCUGAUGCCUUCAGGUAAAUCAGCUCAGCCGCUGAUCACAGACAACCUGGACGGGACGGUCACAGUGCAGUACUCGCCCACUGAAGCUGGGCUGCAUGAGAUGCACAUCAAAUACAACGGCACACACAUCCCAGAGUCUCCCCUUCAGUUCUAUGUGAACCAUGCCAGUAGCCCGAGUGUUACAGCAUAUGGUCCUGGUCUGAGCUACGGCGUUGCCAACAAGAUGGCCACGUUCACUGUCUUCACUGAGGACGCCUCUGAGGGGGGUUUGGACCUGGCCAUCGAGGGUCCGUCCAAAGCCGAGAUCAGCUGUGUGGACAACAAGGACGGGACGUGCAGCGUCAGCUAUCUGCCGACUCUGCCUGGAGACUACAACAUCCUGGUCAAAUACAACAACGAUCACAUCCCCGGCAGCCCGUUCACCGCCAGGAUCACCGAGGACAACCAGCGACGCUCUCAGGUCAAACUGGGCUCUGCAGCUGAUUUCUCUCUGGACAUCAAUGAGACGGACCUGAGCGUGCUGACCGCCAGCAUCCAGGCGCCAUCCGGUCGUGAUGAGCCCUGCCUGCUGAAGAGGUUGGCCAACAACCACAUCGGCAUCUCCUUCAUCCCCCGGGAGGUUGGUGAACACCGGGUCAGCAUCCUGAAGAAUGGCCACCAUGUCACCAACAGUCCCAUCACCAUCAUGGUUGUCCAGUCUGAGAUCGGCAACGCCAGCCAGGUGAAAGCUCACGGCGACGGCCUCGUCCAGGGAACCACCUUCACCAACGCCAGCUUCGUGGUCGACACACGUGAAGCUGGUUAUGGCGGUCUGGCUCUGUCCAUCGAAGGUCCCAGUAAGGUGGACAUCCAGACGGAGGACGUGGAGGAUGGGACGUGCAGAGUCACCUACUGUCCUACUGAACCAGGAAACUACAUCGUCUCAGUCCGCUUCGCUGACGAACACGUUCCAGGAAGUCCGUUCACGGUGCGGGUGACUGGGGAGGGUCGUAUCCGGGAGAGCAUCAUGCGACGACAGAAGGCGGCGUCUGUUGCCAGUGUGGGGAGUGUGUGUGACCUCAGUCUGAAGAUACCAGCGAUCGACAUGAAGGACGUCACUGCCGAGGUCACUUCCCCCUCUGGAGCCACUCAGCCUGCCGAGCUGGUCGCCGCGGGUAACGACACCUACUGCGUACGCUUCGUGCCCACAGAGAUGGGCGUGCACAGCGUGAGUGUGAGGUACAGGGGUGCGCACGUGCCGGGCAGCCCGUUCCAGUUCACCGUGGGGCCCCUGGGAGAGGGCGGGGCAGCCAAGGUGAGGGCAGGAGGUCCGGGACUGGAGGGAGCACAGGCAGGAGAGCCAGCUGAGUUCAGUAUCUGGACGAGGGAGGCGGGUGCAGGCGGUCUGGCCAUCGCUGUGGAAGGACCUAGUAGGGCGGAGAUCUCCUUCGACGACCGCAAAGACGGAUCCUGUGGCGUCUCGUACAUCGCCCAGGAGCCCGGUGAUUAUGAGAUUUCGGUGAAGUUCAACGACCAGCACAUACCCGACAGCCCCUACCUUGUUCCCGUUGUUGCUCCGGCUAACGACGCUCGCCGCCUCUCUGUUACCGGCCUUCAGGAGUCUGGUCUGAAGGUGAAUCACCCAGCAUCCUUUGCAGUGCGUCUGAACGGUGCACAGGGCAAGAUGGCAGCCAAAGUCCACAGCCCCUCUGGAGCUCUGGAGGAGUGUGUCAUUACCGAGCUGGAAAGAGACAAGUACGCAGUGCGCUUCAUCCCGAGAGAGAAUGGCGUCCACUUCAUCGACGUCAAGUUCAAUGGCUCUCACAUCCCAGGAAGUCCUUUCCAGGUCAGAGUCGGGGAACCAGGACAGACUGGAGAGCCAGGACUGGUCACAGCAUAUGGAGCUGGACUGGAGAGAGGCACAACAGGUACCCAGUCCGAGUUCAUCAUUAACAACACUAAGGCAGGCCCCGGGGCCUUGGCUGUGACCAUCGAGGGUCCGUCUAAGGUGAAGAUGGACUGCCAGGAGGUUCCAGAGGGCUACAAGGUGCAGUACACACCCAUGGCACCUGGAAACUACCUGAUCAGCAUCAAAUAUGGAGGACCGAACCACAUCAAUGGCAGCCCCUUCAAGGCCAAGGUCACAGGUCCUCGGCUGGUGAAUGUGACCAACGCCAGCGAGACGUCAACCCUGACUGUGGAUCCGGCUGUCAGGGCGACCAGCAGCAGCUUCGCUCAGAGUGCCAUGCCCAAGAUGGCCGACUCCGACGCUAGCAAGGUGCUGAGCCGAGGACCCGGCCUGAGCAAGGCCUUCGUGGGCCAGAGGAGCAGCUUCUCUGUCGACUGCAGCAAGGCCGGUAAGAACAUGCUCCUGGUGGGCGUGUACGGUCCUCAGGUCCCCUGUGAGGAGGUUCUGGUCAAACACUUGGGCAACCUGCAGUACAACGUAAGCUACCUGCUGAAGGAGCGGGGCAACUACGUCCUGGUGGUCAAAUGGGGCGACGACCACAUUCCAGGUUCCCCCUUCCAUGUAACCGUCCCAUGAUGCACCAGCUGUCACUCCUCCACCUGUGCCAUUUUGCAUCCCUGUAUGAGAGAACAUGUUAGCUGCACUGCAAACAACCAAACUCUGUGUGCUAAUUUUGUUUUCAGUUCAAAUCAGAUGUUUCAAAUAAUUUUUACUUCUUGAAAUAUUCUUCAAUCUGCCAAACUGCCCUCCAUAAAAGAAAAAACCAAACAGAUUUUAAAAAGGUGGCAGGGGAGGGCAAAAUGAACACAUCAGUGAAUGGAGACUUGGUACUGUUAGUUGGACACUUGUUCUGCAGUGAAUCAGAGAGGCAAAAUGGUAAAAGUGAUUGAUGUCCGGCCCAAAGCUGGAGAUGUAAAUAAACUGGAUAAAAGAAACGGGGAAAGAGAGCUCACAUCUGUUGAUUUUCGUUGCCCUGAAAAUAUCAACUGACAAAUUUUGCACUUGACCACGUUUUUUUUUAUAUAUAUAUAUAUAUUUCACUGGUAAAUUAAAGAUUGCUGGUUUUAAACAGGAAGUCAGUCAGUGAGAAUGUGUGUUUCCAAAACAAUAAAACUUUUGACCAAGACGAUUGGAGCAAAACCUCUUAGAAAUUUAACUGGAAUCACACAGCACUUUGCCUCGGGUUAGAGGACCAAACCUGGGCAGAACUUUUCUGUACAAAAACGAUUAAAUGUGCUGUGAACAGAACAAAUGACUUCACAUCUCACUUAAGAGACUGAAACUGGAAUUUUCUGUUUUGGUUUAUUGUCAGCAUGAUGUUUUUUGAAAGGCUGGAUGGACUGGACUCGCUCCAACUGUACGCAACUACUGAUGUUUAAGUGUUUUAAGUCUUUUGCUCUUGAAGCUUAGCUCCCAGAAUCCCAUCAAUACAAAGUGUUGCCAAUAACGAAUCAAUGACUGUUAAAGCUGCCUUCGCACUACUGGCUCCUGCACUGUACAACAGACUACUUACUUGUGUGCUCGAGUUUUGGGUUCAUCGCUGCUUCCUGUUUGUCCCUUCAGCUGCGUUUUCACAUGAACUGAUCUGACUUUUAACUUUUGUGACCCAGUUCUGAUCUGCUUCACGUUAGAGGAGAAAAACAAUCAACUGUCACCCACUCGCAUAAGGUGAUUAAACAAAUCAGACCUGAGCUACAAAAUCUGAGGUCAGAUUUUUGGUUUGUGUGUAAAUCCUGCAGAAAUCUGAUGAAUCUGUCUUCAUGUCUUACUGGACAUUGUUGCCUAAUUGUUGCUACUUUUGAUACUUAAGGGAUGAGAGGAUUUUUGUAUGGGGGGGGCUUCUCGUUUUGUAUUAAUGGGUGUUUUCAUGUGAAAUUGAAUCCUGAAAUGAUGUACAUUUGGUAAUUAAAAUCAACUGGAAUUCA